CCCGCCCCGGACGGACUUUUGGGGCUGCCGCCUCGCCGCCACCUCGGGCAGCCGGCCCGUCUGCAGCCAUGAGUGCUCUGGGCCCGGGCGCUACCUGACUCUGUCUAGACUAGUCGUCGUCGCCCCUUGUGGACCAUUCGCAGCAUGGAGUCGCCUGCCACGAGCCCGUCCGCCGGCAUGCCCCAGUCCAAAGGAAAAUCCAAAAGGAAAAAGGAUUUACGGAUAUCCUGUGUGUCCAAGCCACCGGUGGCCAACCCCACACCGCCCCGAAACCUGGACUCCCGGACCUUCAUCACCAUUGGAGACCGAAACUUUGAGGUGGAGGCUGAUGACCUGGUGACUAUCUCAGAGCUGGGCCGUGGAGCCUAUGGGGUGGUGGAGAAAGUACGACAUGCUCAGAGUGGCACCAUCAUGGCUGUAAAGCGUAUCCGGGCCACCGUGAACUCACAGGAGCAGAAGCGGCUGCUUAUGGACCUGGACAUCAACAUGCGCACAGUGGACUGCUUCUAUACCGUCACCUUUUAUGGGGCCCUCUUUAGAGAGGGGGACGUGUGGAUCUGCAUGGAGCUCAUGGACACGUCCCUGGACAAGUUCUACCGGAAGGUGCUGGAUAAGAACAUGACAAUUCCGGAGGAUAUCCUUGGAGAGAUUGCUGUGUCCAUCGUGCGGGCCCUGGAGCACCUGCACAGCAAGCUGUCUGUGAUUCACAGAGAUGUGAAGCCAUCCAACGUCCUCAUCAACAAGGAAGGCCACGUGAAGAUGUGUGACUUUGGCAUCAGCGGCUAUUUGGUGGACUCCGUGGCAAAGACGAUGGACGCUGGCUGCAAGCCCUACAUGGCUCCGGAGAGGAUCAACCCUGAGCUGAACCAGAAGGGAUACAACGUCAAGUCUGAUGUUUGGAGCCUCGGCAUCACCAUGAUCGAGAUGGCUAUUCUGCGGUUUCCCUAUGAGUCCUGGGGAACCCCUUUCCAGCAGCUGAAGCAGGUGGUAGAGGAGCCAUCCCCCCAGCUCCCAGCCGACCGUUUCUCCCCUGAGUUUGUGGACUUUACUAGCCAGUGCUUGAGGAAGAACCCUGCCGAGCGCAUGAGCUACCUGGAGCUGAUGGAGCACCCUUUCUUCACUUUGCACAAAACCAAGAAGACAGACAUUGCUGCCUUUGUGAAGGAGAUCCUGGGAGAAGACUCAUAGGGGACUGGCCUGGGACCUCACUGGUUUGCCAGCAUCCCAUUCCCCCUCUGCUGGGGCAGCAUUUGCCCACAGCCAUAAGCUACUGUCAUCCUGGCCCUGGACAGUCCAGGAGGAAUUGAGGGGCCAUGCCUGUCUGGCUCUGCAGCUACCUGUUUGUCCCAAUGCCAAGAACCUUUCAAGGGCUCACAGACCUUCAGGCCCACUUGGGCCCCGUCAGUGCCUCUGCCUUCACUGCUUCCAGAGUGCCAGACUUCUACCUGAAGCCUGGAUGUGGGAGGGGCCUGGAUGCCCCAUAAUGGACACUGCAGCCAGUGCCCAUGGAUGCAGGCCAUAGACUCGGCCCUGCUCUGGAUGCCACCCAAGUUGUAUAAUUUUAUAUCUCAACUGAAUGGACUUUGCACACCAUGUCUGGAGGCGGGGGUGGACCCUCUGUCCUGUCUCGGUGCUGUGGACACACUAUGGGGAUGAGCUGUACGAAUCCUCCAAGAAUUCCUCAUAGGAGAUGCCUUGGGCUGCCCAAGGCUUUCAUCUAGCACUGGCUAAUGGCCUCUAAGGGGCACAUUCUUCCCUGGUCUGGGCUGCCACCUCUAGUGGUAUCUUAUUUGCUUUGUUUUUUUUUAAUUUAUCUUUAUUGACUUUUGCUUUGUGGGCGUGGCUGUCUUUUCUUGCAUGGUUUGGAGCUGAUUGCUACAUCCUGGAUACCUGCAGGCUGAGAUCUCUCCCCACCCUCAGCCUGGGCUGUGCCAGGCGGCCUAAGGCCUCUGCUCAGGACUGCCAGUAGCCUUCCCAGUUCUCCAGGUGUGGCCAGCUCACAGUGGCUGUGGGUUUGCUUUGGUGAUUUUUUUUUUUUUAAA